AUGCCUCCGAAAUCUUCUCCGCCCGAUCCCGCCCCCUUCCCUCUAUCUUCCAAAGUGGAUCCAUGGAUACAAACGAGCCUCGUCGAAAGUAUCUUCGAUGGCAAUCUGACCCUCUUGCAAGAGGCUGUGAACGCAGCAACUGCCCAAGAUAUCCCGCAACUGCAUGAUUGGGGUAUCAAGGACGCUGACACCUUUCUCCGCUUCCUCAGCGCCAUGCUGAACUGGGUGCCCUCGGAAGUGUGCAGCGGCAAGCUCAUCUAUAACACAUUCUGCGUGCUCUAUUUCAUCCUCGACCAGAGGCCCAUCAACAUCCCCCCGUACUCGACACCCAUCACCCCGAACGCUAUCGGCCAGGCUCCCCUACCACUGAGCCAAUGGACAAUCGACUUUGCCAAUAAGGUUGGAAGCUGGAUGGACACCAGCAACUCGAUCAACGCCGCAGCAAUCCAGACUUUCCAAGACUCACCCCGAUACAACUACGAUGAGGCGAUCGUGCCAUUUGGAGGUUGGAAGAAUUUCAAUCAGCUCUUUGCUCGCUUGCUGAAGCCUGGUAUGCGGCCUAUCAGCGCGAGCAAUCCCGAGGACCCAGACUAUAAUCGCCUCGUUGUCUACCCCGCUGAUUGCGUUUUUGACGGUGCCUGGCCCGUCAACCAGAACAACGACAUCAUGAUCAAAGACGUCCCUUGGAACAUCAAAGACCUUCUAUCCGGCAGCCAGUACGCCGAAGAAUUCGAGGGCGGCACCUUUAUGCAUGCGUAUUUGAACACCUACGAUUACCAUCGCCAACAAGCACCUGUGGCUGGAACUGUCGUCGAGGCCAACGUGAUCAAGGGCCUGGCGUACUUGCAGGUCAUCACCGAUCCCGAAACCGGCGAGCUGAAGCCUCACCGUAGCUACACUUCGCCAGGUGCUCAAGCAACAAAGAAGUUGGGUGAUGGAGAGAACAGCACUCUUAGCAUGCCCGACGAGGCCGGGUACCAGUUCCUUCAAGCCCGCGGUUGUGUCAUUAUCAAGAACUCCCUUCUCGGAUACGUCGCUGUGCUGCCCAUCGGUAUGGCCCAGGUUUCCUCGGUAAAUCUUGUGUGGCAGCCUGGACCGGGUGAACAAUACCCGAUUCAGCCGAAUGUGAAGAUCAACAAGGGCGAGGAGAUAUCACACUUUGAGUUUGGAGGUUCCGACAUCAUCCUUGUAUUCCAGCAGGAUGCUCAGGUUCACAUUCUAGGUGCCCAAGGUAAGGCUGCGGAUGGCACACCUACAAGCAAGCAGAAGUACUUGGUUGGCAUGCCCUUGGGUUAUUCGACAAAGGGCCUCGUUCCCUCUUCGAACGGUCUCAGAAACGGAGCUACCAACGGGCGUCAAUAA